AUGCGUCUAUUACCUUUUGAUUCUUCAAAAUGCCGUAAUUCGGGGGACUGUUCUGCAACAUUUAUUGCUGGAGAUAGUAGAGUAAAUUUAUUUUUGGGAUUAACCUCCUUUCAUUUAUUACUUACAAGAGAACAUAAUCGAAUAGCUUCCCGUUUACAAAGACUUAACCCCCAUUGGAACGGCGACAGACUUUUUCAAGAAACUCGAAAAAUUGUUGGGGCAGAAAUUCAAGCUAUUUGUUAUAGAGAAUAUUUACCUAAAGUUUUGGGGUCUUCUUUUGCUUCUACAGUUGGUUCUUAUCGUGGAUAUGAUCCAAAUGUGGAUUCUACAGUAGCUAAUGAAUUUACUUCGGGUGCCUAUCGGUUUGGACAUGGAAUGAUACAAGAAUUUUAUCAACGUUUGGACGCUUUCAACAGAACAAUUCCUUUUGGGGGCUUUGCCUUUGUAGAUGGCACAUUAAAAUCUGACCGACUAAUUUUCCAAGGGGGAAUAGACCCUAUAAUUAGAGGGAUGAUGUCACAACCUUUAAAAAGGCCUCAAAGGUUAACUAGAACGGUAACAGAACAAAUGUUUGGAACAACUGAUUUGGGAACAAUAAACAUUCAACGAGGUCGGGAUCACGGGCUGCCUUCAUAUUUACGUUUUCGACAACUUUGUGGAUUACCUGGGGCAUCGACUUUUGAUCAUUUAAGCAGAGAAAUAUUAAGUGUUGAAGCUAGAAAUAAUUUACAAAGAAUUUAUGGAUCUCCAGAUAAAAUUGACUUUUUUGUUGGUGCUUUACUUGAGGAUCCGGUUGUUAGGGGGCUUGUUGGGCCUACUGUUGCUUGUGUAAUUGGCCCCCAAUUUGCCCGUACAAGAGACGGUGAUCGUUUUUACUUUGAAAAUCCUGGAAUAUUUACAAGAGCACAGCUAGCAGAGAUUAGACGUUCUUCAUUAGCUAGAAUUGUUUGUGAUAAUGCUGAUGAUAUUAGAAUUGUCCCGAGAGAAGCUUUUAGAACUGGACCUCUAGUUUCUUGUUCAGAAAUUCCUCAAAUGGAUUUAACUAGAUGGAGGGAAUUUUAA